CACACCAUCCAGAUCCGUCAACCGAUCCAAAGUUCUGACGAGUCCAAGUCCUGCCGAUUUGCACAGUUCUCGUCAAUACAUAACACAACACCAAAACCCCCUCGUUGUUUCUCUAAGCUAGAUCACCUGAAUCUCUGGGGCUAGCGAAUUGGGAUCUCGAUCGUACCUUGUUCUUAGAAGUCUGUAAUUAGCGAAAAUGCCUCUGAGACUCGAAAUCAAGAGGAAACUUGCUCAACGGUCGGAGAGAGUGAAGUCUGUGGAUCUACAUCCGACAGAACCAUGGAUUCUGGCAAGUCUGUAUUCGGGAACUGUAUGCAUCUGGAAUUACCAGUCGCAGACCAUGGCACAGACUUUUGAGGUCACCGAUUUACCAGUUAGGUCAGCCAAGUUCAUUGCACGCAAGCAAUGGGUUGUUGCCGGAGCUGAUGAUAUGUUUAUUCGUGUAUACAACUACAAUACGAUGGAUAAGAUCAAAGUAUUUGAGGCACAUACAGAUUACAUUAGGUGUGUGGCUGUGCAUCCUACCCUUCCCUAUGUGCUGUCAUCAUCUGAUGAUAUGCUAAUAAAACUUUGGGACUGGGAAAAGGGUUGGGCCUGUUCUCAAAUAUUUGAGGGACAUUCGCAUUAUGUGAUGCAAGUCACGUUUAACCCGAAAGACACCAAUACUUUCGCGAGUGCUUCUCUUGAUCGCACCAUAAAGAUAUGGAAUAUGGGCUCGCCCGACCCAAAUUUUACUUUGGAUGCCCAUCAGAAAGGGGUAAAUUGUGUUGAUUACUUUACCGGUGGUGAUAAACCAUACCUGAUUACUGGUUCUGAUGAUCACACUGCCAAGGUGUGGGACUAUCAAACGAAAAGUUGUGUCCAGACACUUGAAGGUCAUACACACAAUGUAUCUGCAGUAUGUUUUCAUCCUGAACUUCCUAUAAUAAUGACAGGUUCUGAGGAUGGGACAGUUCGCAUAUGGCAUGCAACUACAUACAGGCUUGAGAACACAUUGAAUUAUGGUCUUGAAAGAGUUUGGGCCAUUGGAUGCAUGAGAGGUUCUCGCCGGAUUGUGAUUGGUUAUGAUGAAGGAACAAUAAUGAUCAAAAUUGGGCGUGAAGUACCUGUUGCUAGCAUGGAUAACAGUGGGAAGAUAAUAUGGGCUAAGCAUAAUGAAAUUCAAACCGUUAACAUCAAGAGUGUGGGCACAGAUUAUGAGAUUGCUGAUGGGGAAAGAUUGCCCUUGGCCGUAAAGGAACUGGGAACCUGUGAUCUUUACCCGCAAAGCUUAAAGCACAACCCAAAUGGGAGGUUUGUUGUCGUAUGUGGAGAUGGUGAGUACAUCAUAUAUACUGCUUUGGCAUGGAGAAAUCGGUCCUUUGGUUCGGCAUUGGAAUUUGUUUGGUCUUCAGAUGGAGAAUAUGCUGUUAGAGAAAGUUCCUCAAGGAUUAAGAUUUUCAGUAAAAAUUUCCAGGAAAAGAAGAGUGUCCGUCCAACAUUUUCAGCUGAGCGGAUAUAUGGAGGAACAUUAUUGGCAAUGUGCUCAAAUGAUUUCAUUUGCUUUUAUGAUUGGGCUGAUUGCAGGUUGAUCCGGCGAAUUGAUGUGACUGUGAAAAAUGUAUACUGGGCUGAUAGUGGGGAUCUUGUGGCAAUUGCUAGUGAUACAUCAUUCUACAUUCUGAAGUACAAUCGGAACAUAGUUUCCUCCCAUUUAGAUAGUGGAAGACCAGUGGACGAAGAAGGUGUUGAGGAUGCAUUUGAGCUUCUCCAUGAAACCAAUGAGCGUGCCAGGACUGGCAUUUGGGUUGGGGAUUGUUUCAUUUACAACAAUUCCUCCUGGAGACUUAAUUACUGUGUGGGCGGCGAGGUUACGACAAUGUAUCAUUUGGACCGCCCUAUGUACCUGUUGGGGUAUCUUGCCAGUCAAAGUAGGGUGUAUCUGAUAGACAAAGAGUUUAACGUCAUGGGAUACACUUUACUUCUUAGUUUAAUCGAGUACAAGACUCUUGUGAUGCGUGGAGACCUGGAGAGGGCCAAUGAGCUUUUACCUUCUAUUCCCAAAGAGCAUCAUAAUAGUGUGGCUCGUUUCUUGGAAUCACGUGGUAUGAUUGAGGAAGCUCUCGCAGUUGCUACAGAUCCUGAUUACAGAUUCGAGCUAGCCAUACAGCUUGGUAGACUAGAGGUUGCACAGGAAAUUGCCACCGAAGUGCAGAGUGAGUCUAAGUGGAGGCAGUUGGGAGAAUUAGCUAUGUCCACCGGAAAGCUGGAAAUGGCUGAGGAAUGUCUGAAACAUGCAAUGGACUUGAGUGGUUUAUUGCUGCUCUAUUCUUCUUUAGGGGAUGCUGAAGGGAUAUCAAAACUUGCAUCCACUGCAAAAGAACAAGGAAAGAACAAUGUUGCAUUCCUUUGCUUGUUCAUGUUGGGGAAAUUGGAAGAGUGCCUUCAGUUGUUGGUGGAAAGUAAUCGGAUACCGGAGGCUGCUUUAAUGGCACGGUCUUAUCUUCCAACCAAGGUUUCAGAGAUUGUGGCAAUCUGGAGAAAAGACCUCAAUAAGAUCAAUCUAAAAGCUGCUGAAUCAUUGGCUGAUCCUGAGGAGUAUCCAAAUUUGUUUGAAGAUUGGCCAGUUGCUCUCUCUGUUGAAUCUAGAGUUGCAGAGACGAGAGAUGUGUAUCCGCCUGCAGAGGACUACAUAAAUCACAUUGAUAAAUCUCACAUGACCCUUGUGGAGGCUUUCAGAAAUAUGCAGAUGGAAGAGGAACCUAUUGAAAAUGGAGAAUAUGAUCAUGAGGACACAGAACAGAAUGAAGAAGAACAGCAGGCUGAGGAGCAGAAUGGAGAAGAGAGCCAAGAGGAGGCUGUUGUGGUGGAUGUUGAUUCUACGGAUGGUGCUGUCCUCGUUAAUGGUAACGAGGCUGACGAAGAGUGGGGUACGAAUAAUGCGGGAACCCCGUCAGCUUAAAAGCAAUUGGUUGGCGCACUGUGAAAAUCAAAAUUUUGUCUCCGUGCUUGCUCCACAUCACUAAGUUCCUCAAGAUGAUUGGUCCCAGCUCUAUUAGUCCUUUACUUGAGGUGAGAGGAACGUGCUAGAUAAAGUGGAUAGUUGAUUAGAUUCUUAUGUGUGAAUUUAGAAGAGCACUAGUGCAUUACCAUUGCCGACAAACAGUGGGACUGUUUGUGUUUGGUAAUAUUUUUUCAUAGUUUAUAUCCACCCUAAGAUGACCUUGUGGCUGCAAAGUGAUUUUCUGUGCCACUAAAAGCAUAGAGCGUGUUGUUCCUAUUUUGAAGUUCAGCUGGUUUCUUGUCAGGAAGUAGGUUAUUCCUUUUUAUUUUUCCAGCUUGGAAGGGAACUGAAAUAGUCUGUUGCAUAGAUUGUUUACACAAACACAAAUUAUAUUCUCGUUCUUUUCUCAUAUUGAAAUGGAUGACAAUGUUGGUCUGAACUUUA